GUUGCUAAAAAAGUAAAAGUUGAAUACAAAAUGUGGAGUAAAACCAACUUCGUAGCUAACCUUUUGCAAACUUGCAUAGACAAGAAAUCUAUCCUACCGGGCAAAGUCCUUCAUGCUUAUAUUCUCCGCAGUAACCUUUUAGCCAAUACUUUCCUGUGUAACCGUCUCAUAGAACUCUAUUCAAAAUGCAACGACCCAACGUCAGCUCACCACAUGUUCGACCAAACCCCUCAAAAAAACAUUUAUUCCUGGAAUGCCGUUUUAAGUGCCCUUUGUAGAGCUGGAAACUUAACAUUUGCACGUAAAGUGUUCGAACAAAUGCCUGAAAGAAACGUCGCUUCAUGGAAUAACUUGAUUAGUUUAAUGGUAAAAAAUGGGCUCCAGGAAAAAGCAUUGGAUGUUUAUAAACUUAUGGUUUUUGAAGGUUUUUUGCCUACCCAUGUUACUUUUGCUAGUGUUUUGAGUGCCUGUGGAAGUGUUGUGCAUUUGGAGCUUGGGAAGAGAUGUCAUGGUCUUGUUAUUAAGAUUGGUCUUGAUAAGAAUAUCUUUGUCUGUAAUGGGUUGUUGUCUGUUUAUGCUAAAUGUGGGGUUAUGAAGGAAGCUAUUAAAGUUUUUGGGGACAUUGAUGAUCCUAAUGAGGUUACUUUUACAACAAUGAUGGGUGGGUUAGGAAAGAUUGAUGGGGUUUUUGAGGCUCUGGAAAUGUUUAGAAUGAUGCGUCGAAAAGGGGUGCAGAUCGAUUCUGUUUCGUUAUCAGCUGUUUUGAGUGCUUGUACAAAGGGGGGAGAGUAUGGUGAAUUUGGUUGUUAUAGAGAGAAUGAUAGAUUUUUGUGUAGUGUAGUACUAGGGGAACAAGUACAUGGUCUUGUGGUUAAGCUUGGAUUUGAAUGUGAUCUUUAUUUGAGUAACUCAUUGCUUGAUAUGUAUGCGAAGAAUGGGAAUAUGAAGAGUGCUGAGACAAUUUUUAGUAAUUUGGGUAAAGGCAGUGUUGUUUCCUGGAAUAUUAUGAUAGCUGGAUAUGGUCAGAAAGGACAAAAAGAGAAAGCUGUAGAGUGCUUGCGAAGAAUGCAGUGUUGCAGUUUUGAACCUGAUGAGGUUACUUAUAUUAAUAUGCUUGCGACAUGCAGCAAGUGUGGGGAUGUUGAAACUGCACGUCGGAUGUUUGAUAGCAUGUUGUGCCCAAGUGUGAUUUCAUGGAAUGCUAUAAUCUCUGGCUAUUCCCAGAAUGAGAACCACAAAGAAGCGAUAGAGCUUUUUAGGGAAAUGCAGUUUCAAAAUGUGAAACCUGACCGGACUACUGUGGCUGUUAUCCUUGGCUCAUGUGCUGGAAUGGAAUUUUUGGAGGGUGGAAAACAGGUCCAUGCUGCCUCACAAAAGGCUGCUCUUUAUACUGAUAACUAUGUUGCUAGUGGACUGAUUGGCAUGUACUCAAAGUGUGGGAAGAUAAAAACGGCAGAGUGUAUAUUUUCUUAUGUGCCGGAAUUGGAUAUCGUCUGUUGGAAUUCUAUGAUUGCAGGUCUUACACUCAAUUCUCUAGACAAAGAAGCUUUCAUGCUCUUUAAGCAAAUGCAACAGGGUGGAAUGUUGCCUACUGAAUUCUCUUAUACAGCAAUACUAAGCUGUUGUGCAAAAUUAUCUUCUUCAUUUCAAGGGAGGCAGGUCCACUCUCAGAUAGUAAAAGAUGGCUUUAUGAAUUAUGUCUUUGUGGGGACUGCUCUUGUUGAUAUGUAUUGUAAAUGUGGUGACAUAGAUGGGGCACGAAAGUAUUUUGAUAAGAUGCCUGUCAGAAAUACUGUUACAUGGAAUGAGAUGAUACAUGGUUAUGCUCAGAAUGGACGUGGAGAUGAGGCUGUUCAUUUAUACAAAAACAUGAUUGCAUCAGGUGAGAAACCUGAUGGCAUAACCUUUAUUGCUGUUUUGACUGCUUGUAGCCACUCAGGAUUGGUAGAUCUGGGGGUCAGAAUAUUCAAUUCAAUGCAGAGCGACUAUGGGCUUGAGCCAGAAUUGGAUCAUUAUACUUGCAUCAUUGACUGUCUUGGCCGAGCUGGUCAUUUUCAUGAUGCAGAGCUCCUUAUGGACAAGAUGCCAUAUAAAGAUGAUCCAGUCAUAUGGGAAGUUCUGCUUAGUUCUUGCAGAGUUCAUACUAAUGUCAGCUUAGCUCAACGUGCAGCAGAGGAACUCUUCCACCUGAAACCUGAGAGCUCUUCCCCUUACGUGCUUUUAGCCAAUAUCUAUUCUUCUCUAGGAAGAUGGGAUGAUGUCAGGGCUGUUAGAGAGCUGAUGAGUGAUAGACAGAUUGUUAAGGAUCCUGGUUAUAGUUGGACUGAAGAUAAAGAGCAAGAUAUAAGUCUAUCUGUUGGGUGAUACAUACUACUACAUUACUCUACGUUAAAGAUCAGUCAUUUAUGUUUUACAGGCUGUACUGAAGAUGGUAACUAAAAUCACUCAUGAGAACGCCAAGAGAAUGACACAAGAGGUAAAUAAUUUCUGUUUGGUUAAUGUAGAUGCUGGUGCAGACAAGUGGGAAGUAUGUGAUUUUAUGUAAAAAGGCAUUAUUAACCUUCUAUUCAUAUCUAUUCAUUUUCUUUCUUUGGUUCCUCUAGUUAUCUAGGUUAACAAUGUGGUUAUCUUUUUCAGCCUGUGUGAUGACGGUAAACAAAAUCUAUCAUGAGGUUAAGAGAUGUGGCGUAUUUUAGAGUUGAAAAGGUAUUCAUAUGAUUGCAUCUGAAAAUGAAAAUGACAGUUAAUGGUGCCUGUAACAUUUGCUUGUGGUAUCAAAUACCAAUCCAAUAUAUCACCCUUUUUUAUUUGUUACAGGUCUGCUAAUUGGUUAACUCCUAGUUUUUAGUCUAUUAUUACUGCUUGCAGUAGCAAGUGGGCAGUUGUGUUGCUUAAUGCAAAACAUCGUCUCCAACACAAUUAUGAUUUUCCUUUUGUUUUUUUUUAUCUUUUAUUUUCUUUUAUUUUCUUUCAGUCUCAGUAAAUAGUUCAAGAUCUUUUAAUACUGUACAGCUGUCACUAAUUGUGUUCUUGAGCAAAUAAGUAUAUCUCAAGAGAAUAUAACUAAUUGCUUUCUGGUGUCAUGUAGCUCAUGCUGCUAUGUUGAAUGAUUCUGUCUAUUUUGCAUCCAGUAAAGAGGAAGCUUGAUCCUGAUUGUUGUUUGGCUGUUGUGGAACAUCUGAAAGUUGAUCCAGCAAGCUGUAUAUUCAUUUAUGACAGUUUCUCAGGAUCAAAAACGUUGAUGCUGCUGUAGGAGUUGGCAUUACUGGUCUUCAUUUCAAGAACCCAGAUUUACUACGUCAAGAUCAUGUACGAUUGGGGGUUGACAUUUCUAUAGAUGGACAUGUAAGUAUCAGCUUAAGCCUGCAGAAGGACAGACAUAGUGAUAUCUAAACUUACACACAUUAAACUAUAUCUUUGUGUUAUUGUCUUUUUGGCCUUGUGCCUUUGUUAAAAUUGCUCCAUUAUGGUUAUUUAUUAUAGAUAUCAUUCUUUGUA